CCUUCAUUUAUGGGAGCUCUCUUCUCCAGUAUAUGGCAGAGGCUUGCUGGCAGUAGUGGUCAGGAGAAAUCCAAAAUAGUCAUAGUCGGCCUUAGCAACGCUGGAAAGACCACUAUUCUGUAUCAGCUGAACUUAGGGCAAGUCGUCGUUACUCAGCCCACCAUAGGCUCUAAUGUGGAAGAGGUUACGCAUAAAAAUGUUAAAUUUCAGGUUUGGGAUCUAGGUGGGCAGGAUAGCCUCCGGCCUAGUUGGUCGGCGUACUUCCAAAAUACAGACGGACUCAUAUUUGUUGUGGAUAGCAAUGAUGUUCGCAACUUAGUGCUCGCUAAAAUGGAGCUCUUCAAUGCACUGCUGUCAGAGGAUCUGCACGGAGCUAGUUUACUUGUAUUCGCCAAUAAAUCUGAUAUACAGGGAGCGAAGACUGCUGAGGAAAUAUGUAAAGAUCUAGACCUGACCUCAAUACGUGGGCACUCUUGGCACAUACAGGCGUGUUGUGCUAUAACAGGAGAAGGCUUGGCUGAAGGCAUGGACUGGCUGGCGAAUGAGAUAAUACAGCAGAGGGAACGGAAGGCUAGCACGGAGAAUGGUCCUGGCAGGAGGGGUUGAUGCUUGUCACAAUAAUUGUCUCCUCUGCUACUGUUUGUGUAAUAAUUUGACAGUUUCCGCACA